UGCAUAUGGAUUCGCGUCCUAAGGACAAAAACAAAGGCUCUAAAUUUGGCGGAAAAGAAGCUUUCCACCCAACCAAACAAUGGAGGAAGUUCCCCCAGGUUACAGGCCCAACGUUGGCGUUUGCCUUCUCAAUUCUGCUAACCAGAUUUUUGUGGCUUCAAGGUUAAAUGUUCCAGGUGCAUGGCAGAUGCCACAGGGAGGUAUCAAUGAUGAUGAAGAACCAAGGUGUGCAGCUUUGCGGGAGUUACAUGAAGAGACUGGAAUUGUAUCAGCCGAAAUAAUUGCAGAGGUUCCUCGUUGGUUUACUUAUGAUUUUCCACCUUCAGUAAAAGCAAAAGUGAACCGCUUGUGGAGAGGAGAAUGGAAGGGACAAGCACAAAAAUGGUUUAGCAGGUUCCUUGUUAAAUUCACCGGAAAUGAUAGUGAAAUCGAUUUAUCAAAAGGUGAGGUGGACCCAGAAUUUUCAGAGUGGAAGUGGGAAACACCUGAAGAAGUCAUUGAACAAGCUGUGGAUUACAAAAGACCCACCUAUGAGGAAGUUAUAGCGACAUUCAUGCCUUACUUUAGCAACAAGGUAGCAACUGUGAAAUUGUAGAAAUAGUAACAACAUGGUUUGGAUUUGUUUCUUAAGUUUCUUCUCAUGCAUGAGUCCAGGGGUGGUAGGUAUUUGCCGAGUUUAAGGCCAAGACUCCACCUAUAAGGCUCUCAUAACACAAUUUUUGUCAAUUUCUUCUAUGUAAAGAUUUUAAUGAUAUAGGGAGUAUGGAUUUUCAGCGCUAUAAUCCCGUGACUCUUUGUU